GCUUCCUCGGCGCACCUUGUGACGCGCAAGGCGGCGCCGCCGGCCCGUGAGCAGUAGUGAUGUUCCGGGUGGUUCUGCGCGGCGCCUCAGCGCUUGCCGGGGGUAGCCGCCUCAAGCUUGUUGCGGGGACGGCGGUGGAGGCACGUCAAGGGCCGGGGAACAGCCCUUUCCUCCAAAUCAGAGAAUAUGCCAGGCCUGUCCAGAAAAAAAAAGAAGCUAUCUCCAGCCAUUUGGAUGAUCUGCCUGGUACAACGCUGAGGAAAGAUUAUGCCAAUGUCUCAGCUAUAGACAAGGUGGGUGAUGUUGUCAGAAGAAUGCUGUCUCUGGAAAUGGCAAGUCAGAGGGAAAAAGUGAAAAUGAAGAAAGAGCAGCUGGCAGCCAAAGUCCGCAGGAACCCAAAUGACUGUGGAUCUGCAGAGGUUCAAGUUGCCCAUCUGACAGCCAUGAUCCGCACCCUCAAAGAACAUCUGCAUAUGCACCCCAAGGACAAGGUUAACCUUACCCGUAUGAUGAUAGCCAUUGACCGUCGGACUGUGUUGCUGAAAUACCUACGUAAUAAUCAUUAUGAUAUUUUUGAGAAUACAUGCAAGCAGUUGGAAAUUGAGUAUUCACCUCCUCCACAAUACCGGCGAAAAAUCACACGGCGUGCAGCUGUCAAGAAGGAACUUCGAGCCAUGGUCUAUAAAGAGAAGCAAAAACUAAGAGCUCUGGAAAGAUUGAAGCAAAUGGAAAAGCAAGAUGAAGGAAUAAGGGAGCAAGCUCAGCCAAAGGAGGAGACCCCAGGCUGAAUUAGGCAUACCUUCUGUCGAUGAGAGGAGAAGCUCAAACCAAGGAACAAAUUUUAAAGAUAAUAAAAUAUUGGACACCAAC